CCGCGUUCAAACUAAAUUUAUUUUCCCCUAAAGCAGCAGCAGCAGCUUGCGAGUUGCGUCGACGACCAUUCCGCUUCUACUGCUAGUCUGUUACCGCACUUCCGCGCACUGCACGCGUUCGACGAAAUGCCGGCGCGAGCGCUCUUCCCCGUCAACUGAGAUUCGCCUCGCAUCUUCGCCGAUUCCUUCCCAUACUUCCGUCCCUAUCAGCGGGCCCAGCCGAGAUCGACGAGUCUCGCCGGCGGAUCGCGCCCCCGCCGGGAUCUCCUGGUUCGGGCCGCCUUGAUGGUCCCUGGGGUCGGCCGGGGGAGGAGUUGGAGGCGAUGAGCAGGCUUGCGUCGGGGCUCCAGCGCCUGCGGAGGUCGUCGUCGCCGUGGGAGGUGCUGUGGUCCGCGCUGGCGUCAUGCGGCCUAGUGCUUUUCUCGCAGCUCGCCGUGGCGAUGGUUCCCCGUCUCUUCCCUUCCCUCUCCCUCCUCGCCAUGCUCCCCAUCGCGGGGUUGGUGUUCCUCGCGGCUAUCGUGGUCGGCCGCCUGUGGAGGAGGUUCAUCGGGGUGGCGGCGUCGGCGCCGCUCUUCGUGCUCUUCAACAUCCUCCUAUUGUGGGGCGUUUACCUCUUCGUGAUCCGGAGAGAAACUUCUUCUCUGCUGGACAUGCUAAUAAAUGCAGAAUGUGCACUGCUUUUGUGGGGACUCUACAGGAUUUUAUCUGGUGAUCCAGGUAUUGUUGCUUGUGAUUCUUCAUAUUUGGAAGAAGCUGGCUGCAAGGAUUUUGUGGAAGCUAUAUGCUCGAGUGAGAAACUCCCAAUGCUCUCAAGGGUUAGGCAGUGUACCUGGUGCAAAGCAAACAUUAGGGGCUAUGACCAUCAUUGCCCUGCAUUUGGUACUUGCAUAGGACAGAAAAAUCAUCGGCUAUUUAUGGCCCUUUUGACAGGAUUUGUUGUUGCUGAAUCAACUUAUACAAUGUGCUCAACAAAAUAUAUUACCAGAUGCAUCAGUUCAGGAACUAUAAGACCUGAGAAUCCUGUAUCUCUAAACAUGGUAAUCAGUACAAUGCUCUUCUCUAUCCUCCAGGUCCUCUGGCAGAUUGCAUUCUUGAUGUGGCACAUAUAUUGCAUCUGCUUCAACAUCAAGACAGAUGAGUGGGUAAUUUCAAAUUUCCCAUGCUUUGGAGUCUUUCUUCAUCAAUUGCAGGUCGUCUUCUCGUUAGCUGUUUCUUGUAGCUAAAAGUUACCCUAGUGGUUUAUAGCAUGGCACGUGUAAAUCCAUUCCCUCCCGCAAAUGCAGAUUCUGAAGUCAAAUUUGUGAACCCAUAUGACAAAGGCAUGCUGUGUAACAUAAGAGAAUUUCUGAAGCCGGAAUGAUAGAUAGCCAAUUUUGAGUACGAAGACCUGACAUCUGAUGGAACUAGAAACAUGGGAAAUCUGUAGUGCGUCAUAACUGGAGACAUGGAAGCUUGUUUCCCUUGUUGCUGCUGUAGCAUUUAUUGAGACUCAUUGUGAGGAUCAUUGGACUCCGCUGUCUAGUUUAAUGUGCAAGUAGCAUUCUUUUAUAUGGUUACUUUCACUUGACCGGGAAUUGUAGGCCCUUAUAGCUGUAGAGAACUUUUCUGCAUAGGGAGUUCACAUCGUGCUCCUGCAUUUUUCCCCGUUUGGUCUUGCGUUCUGUGUGGGAAAAGUAUAACCCUUGUAGGGAUUUGAAUUAAUUUUGAAGGGAAUUGCCGUGGGAGGUCUUGUUUUAUGACCAUGCCCUUGAUAGUA